AUGCCCUCAACUGCUAAAUUCUUCGCCGAGACCACAAUUCCACACCAGAAGAACUACGGCGGACUUAGCUUCCCCGCCGUGCUCUCCCCGACGGCGGUAGGUCCCAAUAGUCCGUCUAUUUUAACGGCGGCCGUUAAGGAGCAGAGGCCAUGGCUGGACCUUCUUCUGCAAAAACACGGGGCUAUUCUGUUUCGGGGGUUUGAUAAUCUGGCUACUGCUUCGGACUUCAACGACAUCGUCGAGGCGUUUGGGUACGAGGAGCUCCCGUACGUCGGCGGCGCCGCCCCGAGAACCAACGUCGUCGGCCGUGUUUUUACUGCUAACGAGUCCCCGCCUGACCAGAAAAUCCCUUUCCAUCACGAGAUGGCUCAGGUCCCUGAGUACCCUUCCAAGCUGUUCUUCUUUUGUGAGGUAGAACCUGCAAGUGGGGGAGAAACCCCUAUUGUCCUAAGUCACGUCGUGUAUGAGAGGAUGAAGGAGAAAUACCCAGAUUUUGUGGAAACAUUAGAAAAGCACGGACUCAUAUAUACUCGUGUUUUGGGAGAAGACGAUGAUCCUUCUUCCCCUAUUGGCCGUGGCUGGAAAUCUACUUUCUUGACCGAAGAUAAAAGUGUGGCUGAGGAAAGGGCCGAUAAGUUAAACAUGAAGCUUGAAUGGAUGGAGAAUGGGAAUGUAAAGACGAUAAUGGGCCCAGUACCUGCAAUCAAGCACGAUGAGAGGAGGCAGCGAAAGAUCUGGUUCAACAGCAUGGUGGCUGCCUACACGGGCUGGGAGGAUGCAAGAAACGAGCCCAAGAAGGCUGUCACUUUUGGGAAUGGGAGUCCAUUACCGGCCCAUGUAAUAUACGACUGCCUGAAAAUAUUGGAAGAGGAAAGCAUAGGUUUCCCUUGGAAGAAAGGGGAUGUGUUGCUGAUCGAUAAUUUGGCCGUGCUUCACUCUCGGAGACCGUUCGACCCUCCUCGUAGGAUAUUGGCCUCACUAUGCAAGUAA